UCACUAAGCAACGCUUCUCGGCGUCCUUGACUUGGCAAAGGUUUCUGGGAAUCCGAGGCCCGAUGGUUGAACGACCGCCCUUUUUGGAGCAACGAGAGUAGAGCAGCGCUACAUUCGUCGAAGGACAUAUUACUGAAAAACAACUUUCUGAAGCAGCGUAACCAAACUUGAGAGAAGGAUAAGGUCAACAAUGGCGGCUGAGGUGGAGGUGGAGGGGGACGGAUGCAAUGAGUACCCAGCACAUUAUAAAGUCAUGAUGGACAAACUUAAUGAACAACGACAGCUGGACCAGUUCACCGACAUUACCUUGAUUGUGGAUGGACAUCAAUUCAGAGCCCAUAAAGCAGUGUUGGCAGCAUGCAGUCAGUUUUUCCACAAGUUCUUCCAGGAUUUUACCCAAGAGCCGCUGGUGGAGAUAGAAGGAGUGAGUAACGCAGCCUUUAGACAGCUGAUGGAGUUCACUUACACGGCAACACUAGUGAUAGUGGGAGAAGAGGAAGCCUAUGAUGUCUGGAAGGCUGCGGAAUACCUCCAGAUGCAGGAAGCCAUCAAGGCGCUCAACAAUAAGAUAAAUGAGAACCCCUCGCUGACAGCAAAGAGCAGAGGCAAAAAGAGGAAGAUUGCUGAGACAUCUAAUGUGAUUACAGAAACCCUGCCUUCAGUGGAUGGAGAUCAGGUGGAGAUUGAGGUGAUAGGGGAAGAGGCCGUCAAGGUGGAGGAGUCUGGGCUGGAGGAGGUGGUGGAUGCAGCAAGGAAUGCUCAGGCGGCAUCAGAUGACUCUGCUUUGGCUCUUCUUGCUGACAUAACCAGCAAGUAUCAGCAAGGGGAACCCACGCUACAGGUCAUUAGAAAUGGAGGAAUAGAAGAGGACGUGGUGUAUCAGGAGGAAACGGUGACCGCCUCCAAGGUGCUGGAAAAUGUCGAGGUCGUGGAGGUCCAGAUUUCCCAAGUGGACAACAUGUUCCGCUGCAACAAGUGUGACCGUAGCUUCAAGUUGUACUACCACCUCAAACAGCACUUGAAAACACACCUGGGCAUGCUUGAAAAGCCCCACGUGUGCAACCACUGCGGGAAAGCCUACACACGGGAGGGCGCCUUGAAGCAGCACAUUACCACGUUUCACUUUGAUGCAGAAGAGCUGUCUCGAAACCAGAAACCCCAGAAGAAAGUGCACGUUUGUGAAUACUGUAAAAAGCACUUUGACCACUUCGGCCACUUUAAGGAGCACUUGCGGAAGCACACUGGUGAAAAACCUUAUGAGUGUCCAGAUUGCCAUGAGCAUUUUGCAAGGAACAGCACACUGAAGUGCCAUAUGGCAGCCUGUCAGAAUGGGGCCGGAGCCAAGAAAGGACGCAAGAAACUCUAUGAAUGCCAGGUCUGCAGCAGUGUAUUUAACAGCUGGGACCAGUUCAAAGACCAUCUUGUGAGCCACACAGGCGUCAAGCCCAACCACUGCACUAUGUGUGACAUGUGGUUCACCCACCCAAAAGAGCUAAAGGCCCACCUAAAAGACGUCCAUUCCAUUGAGGACAGCAAGUCAUCUGAAGAAGUGGUCAUCACCGACUCUGCCGCGCUCGCCAUCGCAACGCAGAGCAUACAAGGAGGCGAAACUGUCCUGCUGGAUGAUGGAAUCCAGGUUGAACACGUCACGGUGGAGCCCGUGGAUGUGAUGGAGAUGGAGGAGACUGCAACGGUUGUGGUGGAGGACGGAGGGGUGGCAGAGAUGUGUGAGGAGGACGUGGAGAGACUAAAGCGGGCCGGGGUGCAGAUCCAGGUGGUGCACGUGACCACGACUGAAGUUGAUGGGCAGCAGGUGGUGAACUCUCAGGUGGAAGUUGAGUUGGAGGGUGAAGUGAAAGUUGAGGAGGAAAUACAAGCUGUGGUUGUAUGAGAAUGUCAGAAGGACUGUCUCAAACAACCUGCAGGACUGCACGUGGGAUACAGCAUGUCCCCUUAAAAGAUGUCCUGCUGUAUGCCACACAUGAAUGACUUGAUUUCCACCAUCUCUUACUCUUUGAACUCUGCGUUAUGGACAGAGUGACAGAGAGAGAUAAUUUCCUCCUAAGGAUCCUGUAUUUAUUUUUAAGCCGUUUGCCAUCAUAUCAUGUAUUUUUGAUGACUCUUUGGUGCUUCAUCAAUCUAUUUUCCUGUGUUUUUUCCUGUGUCCUUAUUUUACCUCAAAUGUAUAUGUUCUUUUAAUUUGGGUCACUUGCCAAGACAAUUUGACAAUGAAUGAAAUGUUCUUGUGGCCACUCAAACAGCGUAUGUAUGAUGCUGAUGUUCUUCAGUGCUAAUGCUACAGUUUUGUUCAAGCUUAUUUUCAUAUUGACUUCUAGUGUUUUUGUACAAACUCAUGGAAUAAAAUUGGUUUCCAGAAUGGACUACAAGUCUU